UGUCAUUAUGGGGAGGGUCUCCUCUGGUCCUCACACAGAUGCUGGUAGAGAGGGAGGGAGGAGGCAGACUAAUCUCUUAUUACUGCUGGAAUGAAGCUUUGUGUAGUAGAAAUGCAGCGGCCACAGCAGCUGAUAAUAGAGUGACAUGCUGUGAUACAGAGACACCCCGUCACUCUCUGACAUGUCAGUGGUCGCUGAUCGGAGGACAGGAGCCGGCAGCUCCAUGAUUCCUGUGGUCUUCUGUCUGCUGCUCUGUCUCCAGGAAGCUUCCAUGUUUAAAGUGAUCGUCGCUCCUGACAACCUUCUCAUAGUUUCCUUGGAAGAUUCUGACGUGACUCCCUCAGCCUCUGUGUAUGUGGUGAAAAUAACUGGAGAAUCCAAAAAUUAUUUCUUUCAGUUUGAAGAAUUUAACAACUCGUUACCCAGCCCACUAGUCUUCAAUGCUAGUUACCAUGGCCUCUAUUAUAUUGUCACAUUAAUGGUGAUACAUUCUAACUUGGCUUCAAGACCAGCAAGAUCAGUCACUGUACUGACCAAACCACUUCCAGUCAGCAAGGUUUUUGUCCAUGAUUAUAAACCAUCUCCAGAAACCGGAGUUGUGUUUAAAGUUCAAUAUCCAGAAAAGUUCAAUGUCUUCACAAGAGUAAACAUUAGUUACUGGGAAGGGAAGAACUUCCGUACUAUGUUAUAUAAAGAUUUCUUCAAAGGCAAAACUGUGUUUAAUCACUGGCUGCCUGGAACUUGUUACAGCAAUAUCACCUUCCAGCUCGUGUCUGAGGUCUCCUUUAAUAAAAGUACUUUAGUUGAAAGCAGUGGAAUAGGACAUGUCCCACAACAGCACAGAACAGAGUUCUUUGCGGCUCAAUAG